AUGUUACAAACAGCUGAAGAUGACCAAUUAAAAGAUAUGUGUCCGAUUUGUAAGACGGAUAAAUAUUUGUCACCAAAUAUGAAAUUCUUAAUUAAUCCUGAAUGUUAUCAUAAAAUAUGUGAAUCAUGUGUUGAUAGAAUAUUUUCAUUAGGUCCAGCACCGUGUCCAUAUCCUAAAUGUGGGAAAAUCUUGAGAAAGAAUAAAUUUAAACAACAAAUAUUUGAAGAUUUAAUAAUUGAAAAAGAAAUUGAUAUUAGGAAAAAAGUAUCAGCAAUAUAUAAUAAAACUGAAGAAGAUUUCCCUGGAGAUUUACAAGGAUAUAAUCGAUAUCUUGAAAAUAUUGAGGAUAUAAUAUUUAAAUUAAGUUAUAGUGAUGAUAAACAAGAAAUUGAAACUGUGGAAACUGAAUUAAAUAAAUAUGAACAAGAACAUAAAUUAGAAAUUUUGGAAAGAAAUAUGAGAGAAUCACAACGUAAUGAUGAUUUAAUGAAAUAUAAAGAAGCUCGAGAACGAUUAAAACAAGAAAAAUUAAAGAUUCAAAAACAAAUGGAAUUAGAAGAUUUAGAAUAUCAACGAGAACAACAACAAGAAUUAUUAGAUAAAUUAACUAAUAGUUCAACUACUAGUGAAGAAUUAAUUAAACAACAACAAAAUCAAAUGUUAAAACGAUCAAAUCUUCGGAGGAAACAAUUACAAACUAUAAAUAAUCAAUUGGAUCAACAAUUUAAUAAAAUUAAUCCAUUUGCAAAAAAUAAUGGGGUUGAUAGUGAUGAUGAACAGAAUGGUGGUGGUGGUGGUGUAAAUGGUUCAUCAAAAAUUCCAUUUACACCAUUCCAAGGUGAUCGUGAUUUAAAUAAAGGAUAUACUAUGUUACCAGUACCUACAGAUGUUGAAUCAAUAAUGAAUAUCGAACAAAAUAUAUCUGAUAGUUAUUAUGAUCCAUUUAUUAAUAAAUUGGCCAAAAAUAAACAAUAUUUAGGUGGUGGUUGGAGAUUACAAAAUGUUUUCCAACAAGCAUUAGAUGAAGCAUUUAUUGGAUUAGGUUGUAAUAUAGAACUAGAAAAAGCUACCACCAUCACUUAA